UUAUGAUAUAUUUUUGGAUGGAUUUCUGUGUGGGUCUCUUUUUAAAUGAUUGCUUGCAUUUGCUGUCCUGCUCAUAUUCAUGUCUAUCCAUUAAAGCUAACGAAUGAGUGGGGAAAAGCGAAAGCUGUCAUGGUACAUUUCCCAAAACAGUUGAACAGAUGUGGCCAAAACUCUUAAACCAAUUAAAAUAGUUUGAGUUUCAUUGCCCCAUAAUGAACAGCAUUCUGUGAUGAAUCACAAUCAAUGUUGUGCUAUGGAUACAUAAAGUAGAGCCUUCAAGUGCUCGCAACCCCUGCUGUCUGGGUCUGCAGCUUAUUCUGAAGUGUGUGUCGCCGUGCAACAACCCCCUGUGGCUACUGUGGCUACUGUGGCUACACUCCCACCAUUUGAUGGGGUAGCAUGAGUCCUGUAAGUCGGUUUUUGUGGUCCGUUAAUGCCACAGCUGUGUGCAUGAAGUGUUAAGAGCCCAACAGCUGGGCACAGACAACAGCUCUGGCUAUAUGUACAGUGGGAAAAGCCCAACCAACCCCCUAGAAAGUGAAGUCAGCUGGUCCAGGGGGCAUGCGCAGGGAAGGCCAAGUGCAAACUAAGGCGCAGCCACAACUACGGACGGGUACAUAUUGAUUUUGGGUCACAGUAUACAACAGUAGUUACAACAAAUUGGUAGCAGCACCGAGAGAAUCCUUGCCACCUUAGACAGAGGAAAUCCACACAACACACACCAGUUAGGGCGGCACACACAGAGCAGCACUAGAGCACAUACUGUCCAAUGGAUGGAGUGAUUAGCUAGCACUGCAAGACAGACAAAACAGACAGGCAGACAGACAGACAGACAGGCAGACAGACAUAUUGCUGGCAGUGCUGGCAGCCAAUGCAAACAAUACAAAACGCGGUGUGUGCAAUGGGCGAGACAUCUAGAAAUUAAUUGAGAAAUUUGGACUGAAAUUUGGAUUUGUGUUGGCAUGCAAGAAGUUUCGGGCCCGUAAGCAGAGGCCCCCCACUCACAUAUCCCACUAGAGUCAACCCCCCCCCCCACACGUCCCAAGAUGGAGAUACCCAUUUCGAAUAUACUGCUGCUGUGCCUGAUCUUUUUGCUGAUUGGCGGUGUCAUCAUGAUACUGCUCCAGUAUCUGAUAUUCAUCAAGUUCUCCAAUCUGCCCGACGAGAGUGAGGAGCAGAAGCGAAUGAAUGCCAAGUAUACGCUGCCAGUGAACAUCAAAGAGACGGCAAGGAAUCUGAAGGCACCGCCCAAUCCCAUCAACAGCUGCGAGAACCAUCAGGAGAGUCUUCAGGGUGCCUCGGCGUUGAUUUCCCUUAACUUUGUGAUGCAGUUUCUGUUUCAUGAGUUCAAAAACUCGAAUCGAGUGCGUAAAUGGUUCUACCGGAAGCUCUCCAUCGAAUUGGAUGAGCUGAUAACGAAGACAACCACCGGCAAGCUGUUGGACAAGCUGACGAUCAAAGAACUGGAACUGGGCGAUCAGUUUCCGGACAUCAAGUCGCUGUCGGUGCACAAUGUGGAGCUGGACGAGCGGGAGCAGCGCAUCGAGAAUCUGGAUCUGCUGCUGGACAUCAACUAUGUGGGCAACUUCUCCACGUCCAUCGAUGCGGAUAUGGUGCUGGGCAAGAAGGGUUCCAUCACGCUCAAGGUCAAGCAAUUGUCGGGCAUGGCGCGGCUGCAGUUCACACGCAAACCGUAUACCCAUUGGUCCCUGAGCUUCCUGGGCGAUCCGGAGCUGAUUCUGGACAUCGAAUCGAAGUACCAGGGCCGCCAGAUGCAAUCGAACAUCACGAAUCUCAUCUCCAAUCAGAUACGCAAGGCGGUGAGGCGGAAACACACCCUGCCCAACUACAAGCUGCGCUACAAGCCCUUCUUCCACUGGACGGCCGAGGAGGAGGCCGUCGACUGUGACAUUCAGCCCAACGGUCUGCUCAGCGUGAAGGUGGCCGAGCUGUCCCGCCUGAUGCCCUGGACAUCGCCGGGCACUGGCGACACCUACUGCACCAUUACCCUGGCGCCGGUGCCCUUCAUUGAGGCGCACCAAAAGGACCACCGGCACGUGCUCAUCUCCCUGGACGUAUUCAUUCACAAGGCAAAGAACCAGCAGAUUGGCAUCGUCUUCAAGCAGAGCACCAGCCAGCUGGUGCGGAUUGAGUCCGUGCUGCCGAAUACGCCCGCCUGCAAGUCCAAUCUGAUGGCCGGCGAUGCUUUGGUGGCCAUCGAGGGCAAGCAGGUGACGACCAUUCAGCAGAUAGCCAAGGUGGUGAAGACCCUCCAGGCCACCGUCUUUUGUCUGCGCAUCGAGCGUGUCAUUCCCGGCAUCAUACGCAACGAUGCCAUCUUGGAGGAUCUGGAGAAGUACGACGAGCUGUGCGACAUGCCCUCGGCAUCCGCAUCCGCAUCCGCUUCCGCCUCCAAGACAGACACCGAGGCGGCAGAGCCCACUCCCACGGAGACGGGAGUGCCCAAGCAUCUGGUGGUUAAGCCCAGCCUUAGCCGUCAAGCGGCAGAGUCUGGCCUCACGGGCCAGACGCCCACCAACUCCCCCAAGAAGUCGAAUCUGAUUGCCAAGGCCAUCAAGAAGACCAUGAGUCGUGAGAGCAGUGACAAGGAUAAGGAUAAGGACAAAGAUAAGGAAAAGGAGCGGGAGAGGGAGAGGGAGAAGGAAAAAGACAAAGAUAAGGAUAGGGAUAGGGAAAAAAAUAAACCAGAUGACAGCUGCACGGAGCGAUACACCGAUGAGCCGGUGAACUACUUCUAUCAGCACUCGACGAUCGAUUGCCCCUUCAGUGCGCUCAUUCACAUGGACGAUGUGUGCAGCUUCCAGCUGGAUGCGAACAGUCGCUUCCUCAAUGUCUGUGUGUUUGGCAAGUGUGCCGGCGAGAGUGUCCUGCUGGGCUACAACAAUGUCCAGAUUGGCCAGAUACUCGUCGAGUGCUCGGAGACGAGUCUGAAUCAGUGCCUACGGCAGAUAGCCCUCAAUCCGGCCUCCCUGCAGGCAGGGAAGAUGCAUGACCUGGCCAACCAGUCUGGCUUCAAUCCGAAUCUCUGCUUUGGCGACAUUCUGUUUGGCUUCUCCUGGAUGGGCAAUCCGAACGUGGCCCUAGGCGAUCCACCCACCACCAAGAGCGGCUCCAAGUCCCAUUCCCCAGCCAGAACCCAAUUCGAGCGUGGACAGGACGAACCCCCGUCCGAAACAGUCUCCCUGAAGUCAUCGAGCACACUGGCGGACAGUGGCAUUUCCAGUGCUGGCUCCGCCAGUGCCGCGCUCCCGCGGGCCCACAGCUUUGUGCGCACGCACUUCCAUCGGGCCACACAGUGCGAUUUCUGUGGCAAGAAGAUCUGGCUAAAGGAUGCCAUGCAGUGCCAGGAGUGUUCCAUGUGCUGCCACAAGAAGUGCAUAGCCAAGUGCCAGAAUGCCACCGUCUGUGGGCCCGUCGACUGUUCGGGUUCCGUGCCGCCGCCGCUGCCGCAGCAGACAUUGACAUCCACAUCCACAUCCACUGGCGCAGCCUCCACUCCCUCGGGUGUGACCAGACCGGAGUUUACCAUCACGCAGGCGGAGAACCUGGAGCUGUUUGAGCCGGGCAAAACGGGCACUGUGCCGAUGGAGGAGGCAGCCACGAUGACGGGCGAACUGGGACAGGCACAGGUGCAAAUGCAAAUGCAGGCUGCUGGCCUAGAUGUGCACAGGUCCAGUUUGACGGGCAUGCUGGCGCAGGGGAUCAAGCGUCAGGCAAGCAACCUGGACAUACCCGGCAUCGUCUCCUCGCUGACUGGCAGCGGACAGCAGAUGAACUCCAAGAGCCUGCCGCCAAGCCCUCAGCACACGCCCUCGCGCAAAUCGUCAAUUGUGGAGGAGGCGCCGACCGCCAUGGGGCAUCAGAAUCCCUUCGAGCGUGUCACCCAGCAACUGGAGGCACUGCCAGCGGAGUGCACAGUCCUCAGCUUCGAGCAGGUUAUCAUCAUCACCGAGCCAAUCAUACGACACACCCGCAACGAGGAUCUGAUGAACCUGGCCAAGAGCUCCAGCAAGCAUUUGUACGCCAGUGCGCCACCGGACGAGCGGGUGGCCAAAAUCAAUGGGCUGCUGACUAAGCUAAAGGUCGCCCUGGAUGCAGAGACGGAGGGCUAUACCAUGAUGAACGAUGCCGAAAAGGCAACAGAAUCAUCGCCCUGGAAAUCAGCAUCAACGCUCAGUGUGGAGAACAGAUCCGACGAGCGGGUGCAGGCCCUCAGUAUUAUCAUGCUCUAUUUGUGCACGGGCCUGCAGCAUGCCCAGGGUGUGGUUCUGCAGUAAAUUCAUACAACCCAACCCAACCCAACCCAACCCUACC